ACAGUUAGAACUGUCCCCGAUAACUCGCACUGAUCAGAGAUUCAGAGCUGACCACGGCAACAUCAGAAAUGGCGGCUCUUCUCUUCUCGUUCACUGCUCUGCUGCUGCUGAGAGGGUCCUCUGUUCAUAGCCAAGGGCUGCAGAUCGGAUUCUACGACUCCUACUGUCCUGACGCCGAGGAUAUCGUGAGGUCGACUGUCGAACAGUACUACGACAAGGAUGCCACCACCGCCCCUGCCUUGCUCAGACUCCAUUUCCACGACUGCUUCGUUCAGGGGUGUGAUGCGUCAGUCUUGAUUUCUGGAGCGUCCUCUGAGAGGAGUGCGCCGCAAAAUUUUGGUCUGAGGGGGUUCGAGGUGAUAGAUGACGCUAAAUCCCAGCUGGAGGCCGUGUGCCCAGGGGUGGUGUCCUGCGCUGAUAUACUGGCUCUCGCCGCACGUGAUGCUGUUGAUCUGACCGGUGGGCCAAGCUGGUCAGUGCCACUGGGGAGAAGAGACGGCAGAAUUUCACUAGCUUCCGGUGCUAAGGCCUUGCCUUCUCCUGCUGAUCCUGUGUCUGUUCAGAGACAGAAGUUUGCUGACCAGGGCCUGUCAGACCAUGAUCUCGUCACAUUAGUUGGUGCCCACACCAUCGGGCAGACGGACUGCCAGUUCUUCAGCUACCGCCUGUUCAACUUCACGGCGACGGGCAACGCGGACCCGACCAUCAGCCAGGCGUUCCUGCCGCAGCUGCGCGCGCUGUGCCCGCCCGGCGGCGACCCGGGGCGGCGGGUGGCGCUGGACAAGGACAGCCCCGGCGCGUUCGACGUGGGCUUCUUCAAGAACGUCCGGGACGGGAACGCCGUGCUGGAGUCGGACCAGCGGCUGUGGAGCGACGCCGCGACGCAGGGCGCCGUGCAGAAGUACGCCGGCAACGUCCGGGGCCUGCUCGGGCUCCGGUUCGCGUACGAGUUCCCCAAGGCUAUGGUGCGGAUGAGCAGCGUCGCGGUGAAGACCGGCGGGCAGGGCGAGGUCAGGAGGAGGUGCUCCAGGAUCAACUGAUGAUCGAGGCGAGGCGCCCUGCUUGCUUCGCGUGGCAGGCGGCAGAGUUGUACCGUGUCCCGGUGUGAACUGGAACUGCUUCGUGUGUUGGCACGUCGUGCUCGGCUGGUGACAAGCAAAUGGCUAGCAUGCAAUCAAUGGUUCUCUACUUCUCUGUUAGUAUUGGCGGCGACCUGUGGUGUAUGUGUGUGUGUGUGUGUGGCUUCUUGCCUGUCACUUUCUUGUUCUGUAUCUGAAGGUAACCUGCAUAAUUCGGCCAACAUCUUGUGCCUAAUCGCUUGCAUGAACUAGAGCAUUCGAGCGGA